UGAGGAUGAGCGAACCGAGGACACCGUGGGUCGUGUUUAUGUUUUAACAUAGAGAUUAAAAUAUAUAUUAGACGUGACACGGAUGGACAUGAUUGGUAAAUACAUGUUAUAAAGUAUUGGAACUUUGUAUAUCGUUUGUUCGGAGCACAUCUCGACCAAUUAGCAGCCAGUAGCGGCUAAAAGUCCCUACAGUUCAGACUGCUUCAUUGUGGAUCACCGGGACACGCCGUGCUGCUUCAGCCGCAGCUACUGGUGUUUUACCGGGACAUCAAGCAUGUGACAUCGGGACGUCAGACCAUCUAUGAUGCCGCCUCCGAUUCGUCACACUGGUCACCUAGAGGACUCAUAGAGAGAUGAAGACUCUGGAGGAGCCCCCCUACUUGACAGUAGGGACGGAUGUGAGCGCCAAGUAUCGAGGGGCUUUCUGUGAGGCCAAGAUUAAGACUGCCAAGAGGCUAGUCAAGGCCAAGGUGACCUUUAAACCAGAUCUGUCCACAGCUGAGGUUCAUGAUGAAAACAUCAAAGGACCUCUAAAGGUGGGUGGUGUUGUAGAGGUGAAGAACCAGGAUGGAGUUUACCAGGAAGCAACAAUCAAUAAGCUGACCGAUGCUAGUAUAUAUACUGUUGUGUUUGACGAUGGCGAUGAGAAGACCCUGAGGCGUUCCUCUCUCUGCCUGAAAGGAGCGCGUCACUUCGCAGAGAGCGAGACACUCGACAGACUCCCGCUCACCAACCCCGAGCACUUCGGCACACCUGUCAUCGGCAAGAAGGGCAACCGCGGCAGACGAUCGAACCCAGUCCAAGAAGAAGAAGCGUCUUCAUCCUCCAGCGAAGAAGAGGAGAGCGACCAGCGGCAGAAUGAGGAUCUGUUCGGCAAAGUGGUCUGCGUGGAGGGGGUCACCACCGGGGACAAAAAGAAGACCACGUGGUAUCCUGCUCUGGUCAUCUCCCCAGACUGCCACGACGACGUGACUGUGAAGAAGGACAACAUCUUCGUCCGCUCCUUCAAGGAUGGAAAAUUUAACACUGUGCUGCGGAAGGACGUCCGCGAGAUGAACAGCGAUUGUCCUCCAAAAGCCGACGCAGGGCUCAAACCAGCAUUGGACGCCGCCUUGGAGUUCCUGCAGCAGUUUGUCGUGCCCGGCACCUGGAAGACAGAAGUGAAAGAAGAAAGUUCCAGCAGCGAGGAUGAGGAUGAAGAGGAAGAGGAAGGGCAGGGAGAAGAUGCCAAAGGCGAAGACGAGGAGGAGGAGGUGGAGCCGUUCCCAGAGGAGCGGGAGAACUUUCUGCAGCAGCUCUACAAGUUCAUGGAAGACAGAGGAACUCCCAUCAACAAGCGGCCUGUUCUGGGCUACAGGAACCUGAACCUGUUCAAGCUCUACAGGCUGGUGCACAAACUGGGAGGCUUUGAAAAGAUUGAAAGCGGCUCCGUUUGGAAGCAAGUCUAUCAGGAUCUGGGAAUCCCAGUGCUCAACUCGGCCGCCGGCUACAAUGUCAAAUGUGCUUACCGCAAGUACUUGAAUGGAUUUGAGGAAUACUGCACCUCCACCGCCAUCACCUUCAGGAUGGACCUCCCUUUGAAACAGGCCCCCAAGGCGGAGGUGAAGUCUGUCGGGGAGGCAGGAGGACCACCUGCCACCUCCUCCUCCAGCUCAGAAGAGCAGAAAGCCCCGGUGGAUGGGGAACCUUGUUGCACGCAGUCUAUAGUCUGCAAGGACGAGAAGCCUGAGUUGCCCCAAAACAAAAUGGAGCCUGAACCAUCAAAAACGGAGGCAAAGGACAGCGAAAACGACGACGACGACGAUGACAACGACGACGAAGAGGAAGGCGGUCCCCUCAAGGGAGACGCAGAUGAGGGCUCGUCGACGGCUCGCCUCGGAGCGGAGAACAUAAAGGAGGAGCGCGACGAGGAGCAGGAGAGCAAAGACAACUCUGGGGAUGACAGCAGUCAGGAGGGGGAGGAAGGGGAGGAGUUUGAGUGUUACCCCCCGGGGAUGAAGGUGCAGGUGAGGUAUGGGCGAGGCCGCAAUCUGAAGACGUACGAGGCCACUGUGAAAGAGGCAGACGUGGAGGGGGGAGAGGUGCUCUACCUGGUGCACUACUGUGGCUGGAACGUCAGAUAUGAUGAAUGGAUCAAAGCAGACAAGAUUGUGCGUCCUGCCAAUAAGAACGUACAAAAAAUAAAGCACCGCAAAAAGAUAAAGAACAAAGCGGAGAGGGAGCGAGACAGGUUGGAGAGGCUCAAUGACCGGGACGGCCUCGGCCCGUCGCCCAACGCUAACCGCCUCCCGCGCUCCAAAUGUGGCCUGAGUCAGGAUGUCUUUUCCAAGAUGGACGAGGGUGAGGACAAAGGGACUCAGCAGUCUCCAGUCAAGUCUAUAGAAAUUACUUCUAUCCUCAAUGGCCUGCAAGCCUCUGAGAUGUCCACGGAUGAGAGUGAGCAUGAAGAUGAGGAGGGAGAGCAUAAUGAGGAGGAUCACCCAGGUUGCAGAGGCAGCCCCAGAAAGGCCCCACCGGAGUCCCCACAAGCGUCAGAGUCCUGGGAGAGCGGCGCCACUCCUGAAGCAUCCAAACCUCCUUCAGUCUCAGGAAAGAACCAGGAUUUAGUCGGCGCAGAGAGCGCAGAUGUUGGGAAGCGCAGAAGCCAACCGGAGUCAGAGGGAGAGGCGAGCAACAGGAAGAGAAAAUUUGACUGCGCAGCAGAGAGGACCCCGAAAGGCCAAUCCAAAGCUAAAACCCGGAGCACCAGGAGUGCCGACUGGUUGCCUGGAGGCUCCCCCAGGAAGCUGGAGGAGAGGGCGGCUGGUCCCGUGGAGGAGAGGGGGGCGUCGUCCAGCAGCAGCUCAGAGGAUGAGGGAGCAGCGCUGGCAAAGGCACAGGCUGAGGAAAGUGAGCGAAGCCGGCCAAAAACCAAAGGUUCCCCUUCCAAGAAGUACAACGGGAUGAAGGAGAAGACCAAAGGUGGCAGACAAGCUGGGUUCUGGGAGAUUCCUGAAAAGAGGGCCAAGAUGUCUGGGAACGCAGAGGAGAGGCCAGCUGUCCGUUCUAAAGGUCAAAAGGACGUGUGGUCCAGUAUCCAGGCCCAGUGGCCGAAGAAGACUCUCAAAGAGUUGUUCUCCGACUCGGACACAGAGGCCGCCAAUUCCCCUCCUCCACCUGUGCCCCCAUGUCCGGAGGAGCCGAGUGUCGAAGAGGACGCCGCACCCGACGACGAAGUCUCGGAGGAGCAGAUGGACAACGACAAACUGCAGGAGUUUCCCAGCAGCGGCAGCAACUCUGUACUCAACACACCGCCAACAACGCCUGAGUCGCCCUCAGGAGGAGGCAGCGCUGUGGAAGACUCCGGUCCGGCGCAGCCUUCCUCCCCGCCGCCGUCCAUACCCCCAGCCUUGCCUUCAGAGACGGUUUCUGACGCUCUUCCCCCGGGACCCAUACAGGAGGAAGUGGCAGGCGGGCGCAGCGAGACAGACAGCAGCACGGUGGAGGUGGAGAGUCUGGGUGGAGAGCUGCAGGACCUUCCUCAGGACGAGGGGGCCGCUUCCCCCUCAAAGGUGUUUGACGUCAGCCUCUCCUGCAACAGCAGCAGCAGCUGCAGCCUCGAGCUGAGCAGCAGCAGCCAGCAGGAGAAUGAGCAGAAGUCCAAAGCGUCUGUGAGUCAGAAGCGGCAGAAAGAAUCGCAGACAGCCGGAGCCUCAAAGAAACACAAGCCAAACCGCAAGAGCCAAGUGCCUCCCAAAAAGAAUAGGAAAACAGCCAACAGCAGCGACAGUGAAGACCAGUCUGUUGUUGAGGGCACUGCCAAACCAACUGCCUCUAAGAACAACGCGCCAGACGUGAAGGCCGCCACUUCACCCAAGUGUCACGGGCGUUCUCCCCCCUCGAGCCAUAAGUACCACAAGCAGGGUGACGCCGACCACACCCAGCACCGAGACAACCAUGGAAGAUCGCCACGUGUGUACAAGUGGAGCUUCCAGAUGUCUGACCUGGAAAAGAUGAGCAGUCUGGAGAGGAUUUCGUUUCUUCAGGAGAAGCUGCAGGACAUCAGGAACCACUACCUCUCCCUCAAGUCUGAGGUGGCCUCCAUCGACAGACGACGAAAACGCAUGAAGAAGAAGGAACGGGAAAGCACAGUGGCUGCUUCCACCUCAUCCUCCUCCUCCUCCUCCCCGUCCUCCAGCUCACUGACUGCAGCAGUCAUGCUGACACUGGCUGACCCGCCGGUGUCAUCCUCAUCCUCCUCUUCGCAGAACUCUGGGGUAUCAGUGGAGUGCAGGUGACAGGACGAGCCAGCGAAGAGCCACCGCACUAAGCACUUAACCAGCACCCCGGGGUCAUCGCCCCCAUUCCCCUCCAACCGGACGGACAAGUCAACCUACAUACUGUAACUACUGGGGCACAAAAACCAGACCAGAGACUAACAAAAAACAAACAAGAAACAAGCACUAUUUUCUAUUGACAACUGUUUCCUUGGCAAGCUAAUGGCACUCAAGUGCACUUUUAUGAAGAUUGUGUAGGGGGAUCAAAAUUGUCCAAAAAAACAACAACAACACAAAAUUGUCUUUUACUCCUUAAUUGAACAUUUAUAAGAAUUGUUUUUGCAAGCAAUAAUUGUUUUCCAUUUGAUAUAAAGUUUUAAUGGUAAGGGAUGAUUUCCAGCGAAGACCCCUCUGUGCUCUGUCCUCACAGCUCAACACGGUGCAGCCUGCCGCUCGCCCGUGUUAUCGUGGGGAAUUCAGAGGCCACAUUGGCAUUAAAGAGCGUAACGAAAUGUAACUUCGCCACGUUUCUCUGUCCACCCUCAUUAAAAAGGCCUUCAUGUGGUUAAACCUCAAGUGGUUGACGAUGCUCUUCUGGCGUACAGGCGUGUGGUCCCUGUACAUGUUUGCAUAGAUAGGGUUUCAGACCAUCAUAGGUCCGCUGACAGCCUCAGUGGAUGCAUAUGGAAUGAUACUGUAGUGCCUUUUUGUUCUUUUCCAUGGGGCACUUUCUUCUCAAAUCAGAGUAUCAGCUGGAAUAAUGUGUCCCGUACAAAAGACUGAAGAACGCUGUAGCUUGAGCAGGCAGUGACACAUAAUGGUGGUUUUUAUCAGCGUAGGGUAAUAUUUUAAAAGUAUAAUUGUCAAAGCAGAACUCCUACUGGAUCAUAAUCUACUACUGAAUACUCAUCCAGCUUGGGUGCAACUGUUAAGUUUGGCAGUAUAAAAUGUGCAAUGAUGGAGGUGGUCACAUUACUCCAGUUCAUCAGCCUUUUAAACGCCUAUCUGCUUUAUUUGAUUAUGUUUUCAUCAACUCAUUAAAUCCCCCCCCUCCGCCCCCACGCUCCCAUCAUCUUCACUGAAUAUUUACAACUGGAUCAAGUUAACGUGAAAGCAGCCAUAGGAGGUAUUUACAGCAUGUACUCGUGAAGCUGAAUCCCACAUUUUUGCAGCGUUUCAAAACAAACAUGAAGGUAUUUAAUUAAGUUUUUGCUUUGUUAAAUAAAGCAACGCAUCUUUCUAAUUUCACUCAUGAUCAAAAAAUGACACGCCAGCUUCCUCUCAUAUUCAUCCCUACCAACCAAAAACUGUUUGGUUCUGUUUCCUGUACUAUGACCAGAUUAAAGGUAAAGAUAUUGUAAAUGUGCAUUUAUAUCAUAAAGUGACGUAUGUGUAUACAUUUCUGAAGACAUCUCCAGUGUUUCCUUUGUAUAGACCCCCUACUGUAUGAUAACCUGAAGUUACAUUUUGUUUGGCACCUGUAUGUAAUUGUAUGCUUUUGUUAUACAUUUGUAUAUUGAGAAGUGUUUUGAGUCAAGCUAUUUAAUAUCUUGCACUGUUAAUAACAUGUACCUUUCUGUACAGACAGUUUUACGGUUUUAACUGCAGUUUUGAGUGUAAAUACUGAGGGUCACAGCAUGUUUGUUCUCCCUUCUGUCCUCAUUCUUGUUCUCUUGUUGGAACAGAUUUUUUUGAGUUCAUUUAUGUUGUUCUGCCUCUUUUCAUCAGUUUCAAUACUUUUUUUUUUUUUUCCUUUCUUCCUUUUUUUUUAAUUUCAUGUUUUGCCUUAGUUUGUAUUGUUUUUGUUUUUCUAUAGCUUGUGCUUGUAAGAGAAGGAUGGUGGUUUUUGGACGCGGCUGAACUAUUUUCCAACCUGUACAUGGCCUGAAGCUACAGCUGUAUGAACCUGUAUAUGGAAAAAUAGUCUGGAUCAUAGAUUAAGAGAAAGUAAUGGAGCUUAUUGAAAAAUGCUCAAUAGUAUUUAUUAGGCUCAUCUGAUGAUGGUCAUUGUGUAAUUUAUUGUAAAAAUGUAAGCAAAGCAGAAGCCUCUGUUUGAAAUAAAUGCCAUAGUUUGUGAAGUA